AUUAUGCAUGUAAUCUUAGUGGUAGUUUGAAAACACAUAUGGCAAUACAUACAGGAGAAAAACGCUUUCAAUGUGAUGUUUGUGAUUACGCAUGUUAUCAUAGUAAUUAUCUGAAAAGACAUAUGGAAAUACAUGCAGAAGAAAAGCGCUUUAAAUGUGUUGUUUGUAGCUAUGCAUGCAAUCGUAGUGGUAACUUGAAAAAACAUUUGGCAAUACAUACAGGAGAAAAACACUUUAAAUGUCAUGUUUGUGAUUAUGCAUGUUAUAACAGUAGUAAUCUGAAAAGACAUAUGGCAGUACAUGCUGAAGAAAAACGCUUUAAAUGUGGUGUUUGUGAUUUUGCAUAUAAUCAUAGUGAUGAUCUGAAAAGACAUAUGACAGUACAUACAGGGGAGAAAGGCUUUAAAUGUGACGUUUGUGAUUAUGCAAGUAUUUAUAGUAGUAAUUUGAAAAGACAUAAGGCAAUACAUACAGGAGCAAAAAGCUUGAGAUGUGAUGUUUGUGAUUAUGAAUGUAAUAUAAGCACUAAAAUGAAAAGACAUAUGAUAAAACAUACAGAAGAAAAGCGUUUUAAAUGUGGCGUUUGUGAUUAUGCAUGCAAUCAUAGAGGUAGUCUGAAAAGACACAUGACAAUACAUACAGGAGAGAAACGCUUUAAAUGUGAUGUUUGUGAUUAUGCAUGUAAUCUUAGCCGUAAUUUGAAAAGACAUAUGACAACACAUACAGGAGAAAAACGCCUUACAUGUGAUGUUUGUGAUUAUGAAUGUAAUGUAAGCAGUAAACUGAAAAGACAUAUGACAACACAUACAGGAGAAAAAUGCUUUAAAUGUGACGUUUGUGAUUUUGAAUGUAAUCAUAGUGGUAGUCUGAAAAGACAUAUGAUAAUACAUACAGGAGAGAAACGCUUUAAAUGUGAUGUUUGUGAUUAUGCAAGUAAUCGUAGUGAUAAUUUGAAAACACAUAUGACAAUACAUACAGGAGGAAAAAUGCUUUAAUUGUUUUAAUUACUCUAGUUAUGCAUAUGAAUCCAUAAGCUUGAAAAAAACAUAAAACAAUACAUACAGAAGAAAAGUGUUCUUGACUUUGAUACGCCUAAACAUAAGAAAGUGAUUAAAUUGUUAGUUUUAUGUGAAAUUUGUACUCAUUCACUGACAUGUAUAAAGUGUCAUUCUACCAUCGUUAAACACUUUGCUAAAUUUAUGAAUGAAGUCAAAAUUUAAUAAAUCACUCGGUACUAAAUUUGUAACAAGUUGAAAAUUAAGAAAGUGCAGUUUGAAAUAUUUCAGCAUGUAUUUAGUUAAGUUCAUUUAUAUGUAUUUAUAAUUUUAUAUUGAUAUACUCUCUCGUAUACACGCAUGUAUGUACAGUGUAUUCUAUGUUCAAGUCAAGUUGUCAAUAAAGUUUCUGUUUUGUGUC